CUGAAUACUGUAAUCAGGCUUUCUCUGACAUUUGGAUUAACUCUGGUGAAGAAAGAGGCUGACGCAGUAAUGAGCGCUGAGCCAGAGGCAGAGAUCAGCAUCUACAACCUGCCCAACAUGCCGGACAGUGACGACAGCGGGGAAGAAACUAGCCAAGAGGAGCCGCCAAUCGCAAGCUGGAGUGAGCUGCCCAUCAUAGAGCGCGUCGGCCUCAAUAGUGUAGAGAUGUCAGAGAAGGAUUUGGAGAUGGCUUUCUCUCAGAUCGCCUUGUCUUUCCGCUGUGAUCAGUACACCCUGAAGCAGAGGCUGCAGGCGGAGGAGCACGCCCGUAACCUGGCUGAGGAGAACAUCCAGCUAGAGCUGAGCAGAGGCAGGGAGACCCUGGAGAUACUGAAGAGCCUGUGUUUGGACAGCAAGCGCAGCAAGAUCCUGCAGAAGCUGGAGCUGUCCCUGGACAUCCUCGGAGGCACCGUGGAGCGGAUCUCUAACACAGCAGAGGUGCUCGGUGCCGUGCAUCAGGAGGCUCGAGUGAGUAGAGCAGUGGAACUCAUGGUGGCUCACGUGGAGCGCCUGAGGAGGCGAUAUGACAGAAAUCUAGCUGAGCUGGAAGAAGCCAGGAGGAUGAUGAUGCAGCAGCAGCAGCAGCAGAGCUCCUGCAGAAACAUCACAGAUCCCAGAGCCUCCACAGAUCCAGAGGAAAGUGACAACAUAAAGAAAGAUAAUCAGCAGGUAUGCAUUUUUGGAUGCUUGUAGCAUCUAAUGUAGGUUUAAACAAUCUUUUGAACUUCAAUCUGCCUUUUAUUUGUGUGUUUUUUUUUAACAAGAAGCAUGUCCGUAGAAGGGUCUGUGUAUCAGUAAUUUCCAGCCAAACUCAGGAUAGGAAAAAGCGAGACUCCAGAAAGCGUCUCUCUUCCAGCAAGAAGGCCGUCCCUUCCUGCCCGUCUCCCAUGAGCUCAGAGUACAGCUGCUCUUUCGUGACCAAGGACGACAGCUACUCAGUGGAGGACAGGCCACACGAUCCAGAUGAAACUCCAUCAGAAGCUCUUCCAGGACCCGCUCCCAUCCUAACCCCAGAGAGCGUCCCAUCAAAACCAGUGAACAACAGCAAGACUCUGAACAAAAACUUCUCUCUGGAUACUUUGCGGCCCAGACACAGGGGCAAAGCAGUGUUAUCCAACAAAGGAAGGGAGAAAAAGAUGGCAAAUAUCUACAGACGGAUCUCCACAGUGGGGAUGUGGAGGCAACAUCCUCUAGCUCACUGGCUGCAGCGCUGCCGGCUGGUUCUCCUGUGCACGUUUGUGAUUUUCUGUGUCGUAACACUGAGUUACUUCUUGUGGUAGUUUCAUGAUACACAGUCAUCAGUGCUUCAUGUGAAUUAGUGUGUCUACAAAUGAGGGCUCUUUGUAAACAAA